CCUUCUUCGUCGACGGCGCCCACACCAGCGAGAGCAUCCGCUGCGCAGCCGCAUGAACAAGCACGAACUCCUCCGCGUGUUGCACCACACUCUGAGCAAGUCACAAGACGAAGCAGACGGCCCACCCUUCGACCUGGUCGUCUUCUGCACAAACGCUCUGACGCCGCAGAUCCAAGCCACGCCCGAUCUGAUCAGCCUCAACCCCGUGUCGGAGCUGGAUACGACGCAACAGGAAUUAUUGGCACAGACUUGGAUGGAGCUUGA